CUCCACUUCCACCUUUCCUCUGCACCCCUCGCACACUCUGCGGCAAUGUUCAAGGCUGUGAUAACCCGUGCGCCUAUGCGCGCUGCCCUUCGAACUGCCACACAGAGCUCACCUGUUUUCCGCGCCUCACCCAGCACAUCCCUGCUCCAGAGUCGGAUAUCGAGAAGUAGAGGAUAUGCUACGGAAGCUGAGGAGAAGGAUCUCGUAAUCAUCGGAGGUGGCGUUGCGGGAUAUGUGGCGGCCAUCAAAGCUGGACAGGAGGGCUUGAAGGUCACCUGUAUAGAAAAGCGCGGCUCCCUCGGCGGCACAUGUCUCAAUGUUGGCUGCAUCCCAUCGAAGUCCCUCCUCAACAACUCGCACAUCUACCAUCAGAUCCUCCACGACACCAAGAACCGCGGAAUCGAAGUCGGCGAGGUCAAACUCAACCUCCAGAAAAUGAUGCAGGCAAAGGAAACAUCGGUAUCGGGUCUGACAAAGGGCAUUGAAUAUCUGUUCAAGAAGAACAAUGUCGAGUACAUUAAGGGCACUGGAGCUUUCGCUGACGAGCACACCGUGGCCGUCAAUUUGGUCGAUGGUGGCGAGACGAGCGUACGAGGCAAGAACAUCAUCAUCGCGACUGGAUCGGAGAGCACACCUUUCCCUGGCUUGACCAUUGACGAGAAGAGAGUCAUCACUUCGACUGGAGCCAUCGCGCUGACUGAGGUGCCUAAGAAGAUGACCGUGAUUGGUGGUGGUAUCAUUGGUUUGGAAAUGGCUAGCGUCUGGAGCAGACUGGGCACUGAAGUGACUGUUGUCGAGUUCUUGGGCCAGAUUGGUGGUCCGGGCAUGGAUGCGGAUAUCAGCAAGAACAUCCAAAAGAUCUUGGGCAAGCAGGGUCUCAAGUUCAUGCUCAACACCAAGGUCACCCAGGGCGAUGCCAGCGGAUCUCAGAUUAGGCUCGACGUUGAGGCCGCAAAGGGCGGCAAGGCACAGACGCUCGAAUCCGACGUCGUCCUCGUCGCCAUCGGUCGUCGCGCCUACACACAAGGCCUGAACCUCGAAGCAAUUGGCCUCGAAACCGACAACCGUGGCCGCCUCGUAAUCGAUAGCGAAUACCGCACCAAAAUUCCUCACAUCCGCGUCAUCGGCGAUUGCACAUUCGGACCCAUGCUCGCGCACAAAGCCGAAGAAGAAGCCGUCGCAGCCAUAGAAUUCAUCACCAAAAACUACGGCCACGUAAACUACAACGCAAUCCCCUCCGUCAUGUACACACACCCAGAAGUCGCCUGGGUCGGUCAAAACGAAGCCGAACUCAAAGAAGCCGGAGUGAAAUACAAGGUCGGAACUUUCCCCUUCUCUGCAAACUCCCGUGCAAAGACGAAUUUGGACACCGAUGGUAUGGUGAAAUUCCUCGCGGAUCAGGAGACGGAUCGGAUUUUGGGUAUUCAUAUUGUUGGACCUAAUGCUGGUGAGAUGAUUGCGGAGGGAACUUUGGCGCUGGAGUAUGGUGCAUCCACCGAGGAUGUGGGACGGACGUGUCAUGCCCAUCCUACGCUUGCUGAGGCGUUUAAGGAGGCUGCUAUGGCUACUUAUGGCAAGGCUGUGCACUAUUAGAGAGGAGAAAGGUUCUUUUUUCUGGUUGAUGUAAAAGCGAUCAUACGGGUCUAUGACAGGGGAUCCGAGAAUCGUAGAAUCAUGAAAUCUGCAGCAUUACGGACGGUG